AUGGUAUUUGGUAGUAGUUUUAGAAGAACUUCUUCUAGAUCCGCGUCACCUCAAGUACCAGAAAACCCACAGAUCGUACAACUACGUGCUGCAUUAAAGGAUAUAAAGAAAUCUCAAAGAAGGAGUCCGCAUCCCUCCAUAGCUCUGUUGAUUACAUCGGUGGAAGAAAUACUCGAAUUGCACGAUCGCAACGUGAGGAACGGACAGCCAAGCAAUCAAUUUCGACUUUCUGCAGAUGUUGAAGCAGCAGCACGUAGUUUGGCUAAUGCUCAGUUGUCAGCGAUAAAUCAAGGAAUCUCGGAAGCAUUAGCGACUAAUGGAAUUCGGAGACAGGAUAGAGCUACAGUUGUGAAUGAGUUUAAUUAUCACUUAUCUACAGCCUCGCAGGCUGCCACCGCUUCUCAAAAUCGUACAGCUUUGCAAGUGCUCCCCAGCCCUGCUCGUGCCAGAACGAGGGAUGAAUACAACACAGUAGAUGAGGAAAUCCCCCCAUAUAAUGUUACUCUACAUAAGUAUCUCGAUAGAAUAUCUUUUGACCCGAGGUUUGCGCCAUGUUUAAGAGUAAACCGAAGACUAGUGAGGUCAGAGAAUGAGUUAUCGGCAUCAAUAGAUGAGUUCAAGGGAUUUAACUUAUUGCCAACUAAGAUAGACCCGUGGACGAUUUCGCAUAUAGAUGAUUUAGAAUUUGAAGACAUGAUUCCCAGUCUAAUUCGAGAGGUAGGGGCAGAUGAAGAUGAAAGUGAAGACGAUAUACAUGAAAUGGAUGGGGAACAAGAUGCAGCUCCACCGAUAGGUACGCUCACUUUGCAUGAUGGAGAUUAUGUUGCCAGCACUGACACGCUAGAUAGGGUUUUGGCUAGGUCACUUUUGGAGAGCGAAUUUUAUAGGACAGUGCCAAAUGAGCCACCUAUGUACAAUAGACUAAGAUGA